UGCAGCUGUGUUUGCGGAAGUAUUCUCACUAUGGAGGUGUGCAUGUGAAGACUAAGGGGGGUCUCUGAUUUCGUUCAAGGUCUUGUACUUUUUAUGUAAGAUAAACACACGUCUUCCAUUAAUGGAAAUAUUAUUUGUCCAUCCGGCUUAGUUUUUUUGUUGAGCGACAAGGUUAGCAUAGCACGCUAAUGAAGCAACAUGGCCCGUUCUCUACAAUUCCUCUGCCUCCUCUCUAAGUUUUCAGCUCCUUCUUUGAGUCCCUCCGUUUAUUUAAACGGCGUCAGAUUCUGCAGCAGAAGUAGGAACAAAGCCUGGGUGGGACAGAGCUAUGUGAGCCGAGACGGAGACAGAUCUCAAAGGUCCAGAUUCAACGACGAUAUAGAGCCUGAGCUGGAGGGGCUGGAGGAUAAGCUUCAAGCUGUCCUGGACAAGGAGAGAAAGAGACAGCGAUCAGUGAAGUAUAAUAUGAUAAGAAGGAAAAUGACUCCAUCAGGAGCCCCCCAGAGGAAGCUAUCAUGGGAUGCUAUUGAGCAAGUAAGAUAUCUGAAGCAAGAGCAGCCAGAGGAGUGGACAAUAGAGCGACUUGCAGAGGGCUUCUCUGUCCCCUCAGACGUCAUCAUAAGGGUCCUGAAGAGCAAGUUUACCCCCUCUCCAGAAAAGAAAGCCAAACAGGAUGCUAAUGUAAUGGCUAGACUCGGCCAGCAGGUGUUGCAUUCAGGUAGCAGGACGCAGGAGAAACAGCUGAAGUUGCCUCAGAGUCAAACACUAGCCAUACUUACACCCAGAAGGACAGAAGAUGCUCUGAUUUCUGUGACUACUCAGACUCAGAUGUUAAUGAAAAAUAAAGGUUUGGGGUCCCCCGUUCAGCCUCCAAAGUUACCAGCUGGGAUUUGUAAAGAUGCUACAGUGACAGGGUCAGCUGUAGAUGAGGGUGGUAUUGGUACAAAGCCAACAGAGGAGGGUGAGGAGCAUGAGGAGAGCUGGGAUGGACAGCUGAUGACAGAGGAGUAUCUUGGGGAGCUUCUGGAAAUAGAUAAACCCUCACCUGUGGUGCAGGUGGGGAACGAUGUCUUUGAUGCAGAGGGAAACUUUUUGUAUAGAACCUGAGGGCAAAAUAAGUUGAAAUGCUGGAUGAACAUAUAUGUGUAUUAGAAUUACUGUAAUAAAUAAUCAUCUCAGAAAUUCUCAUCAUUUAUUAUUGAUUUUGCUAUGAGCAUUUAAGAAAAUCUAUGGAAUUAAACAUUAUUUUUUUAUCA